AAUACUCAUUAUUUGUGAAACUUAACAAUGUUUUCUCCAGCUUAUCAUAUCAGUAUUUGAUUAUUUGUGUACAGUAACAACGUUUUUAUCCGUAUCUCAGUUCAGUUUUUGAUCAUGUGUCGUCUAUUUAUAAACUGUACACUGCUUUCAGUAAAGUGUUUGAUUGUUUCCCAGCUCUUCGUAAACUGGACUGGCAGUGACUCUGAGAGUGGUAUCUAUGACUACGAGCUGGGGCUGAUGUCAGAUCCUUCUGGUGAAGCAGCUCCAGAUAUCCUGCCCUACACAUCCACUCAUCAUCAUCCUCAAUAUCAGGGCUACCAUCCUCGUCUCAGUGAGGGACAACAGUUCUACAUCGCCAUCAAGGCCAUCAACAAAGCUGGCAUCUCAACUGUCAGAGUUGUUGGACCUGUCACCGUGUAUACACGAUACCCUGCAUUUACUGGAUCAGUGACAGUGACGCUGAGACACAACUAUUUGAUUGCACGUUGGCCAGAGACAGCAUUCACAGACACUGGGUAUCUAAAAUAUGAAGCUGCAGUAGGAACUAAGGACGGCAAGUCGACAAUAAUCCCCUUCACGACGCUGCAGUCAGGAGGAGGUUGUACACUGACGUCGCCACCCACGUGUACAGCUGUCGCCCUCACAGACGUCCACUGGGACCUCCAUCACAGCCACACCUACUUUGUGUCAGUCAGAGUCACCAACAUAGUUGGACUGUCUACAGUGGCAGUGUCUGAACCCUACGUCCAUACCGUCAUGCCGCCGUUACGUGGUGUAGUAGAAGACGUUAUUCCAGCUGGAGAAGAAUCCUUGUUCACAAUACCGCGUACUGAUGACACAGACUACCAAAUAUCAACACGAACAUUAACAGCGAGAUGGUAUGGAUUUGACAAUGGAAUAACUGCCAUUACGUACACGGUUGGAAUUGGGUCUCAGCCAUUUACAACAGAUAUCCAGGCGCAUGUCUAUGUUGGAAGUGCAACCUUACAUUCUUUCACUGGUUUGAGCCUGCAUUGGAAAACGAAGUAUUUUGUGACUGUCGUGGCUGCUACCGAUGGCGGCGGAGACGUGACGGUGUCCUCUGACGGUGUGACGAUCAUCAGGCCCAAUGUUGACAUCACAGAUGUCAUUGUCAGAGAUGGCCUAGGAUGCAGUGAUUCUGUGAAUGGUGCUCUCCGAAGUGCAGUAAACCAGACGAGAUGUUCACGAGAUAACACAUACCAAGUAUCUACUUCAUCAUAUGCGGCCCACUGGGAUACAAGCAACUGGCUGCUCAGUUAUCCUGAUGUACAAUGGAGUUUGCAAAAAGAAAGUUCCUCGAACUGGUAUGUGAAGAUCGCUCGAUGACAAAAAGAUUAGCAUAGUCACGAUUGUCCUCAGGCCGAGUGGUUUAUUAAAUCAAUUUAACUUGUUAACUUACCUGCUGGAAAUGUAUCAUAAUUAG